UCACUCACCCUGGGCAGCAGAACUGGCAAUCAAAGGCGUGGCGAUCUAUCCGAUCCGGCUCUGCCGCGCACUCUUAUCUCUCCAUUCCGUAGUUCUCUGCAGCUGGGUGACGUGGCUGAGGUGGAACGAGUUCCGUUGAAGUGGACUCAUUUCUAAGGGAAAACUAACGAGUUUCAUUUAUCUUUCUACAAAGUAAAUGAUGUCUAAUCUUCAAGUGCUGGAGCAGAUCUACCAGGGGAAGGUGGACUUCAGUGCCCCAGAGCUUGACCCUUACAAGACAUUUGCAGAAAGUGUGGUUCACUCUCUCCUGACAAACAUCCAAACAUAUCUGAAACCAGGAGAUCCCAAGAUAAGCAAGGAGCCAAUUGGCACUGGCAGCUCUUUUGAAGGUGUGAAGGUCAAACCAGACUUGGAGUUUGACUUCAUGGUCCCAAUGGACAUCAAGUAUGUCCAGAUUAUCUUCUCAAAUGAUGAUCAUAAUGUUCCAGUAUGUUAUGGGCUCAUUCAGAUUGAACAGCCAAAGAAAGAUAUGCAAAGUACUUCCAAAUGUGAUAAAGAUACAGAUUUCAAAGAGAAAUUCUGCAUGAAGUUUGGUAGACAUGGCCAUCUGCUAUCGGCAAAAAGUAUCCAGGAAUGGUUCCAGUCCCUGUGUGCCAAAACUCUGCCAGAACUUUCCAAGAGAUUUUCUGGUAUCAGCUUUACAUUUCGGACAAGUGGCCCUGCAAGGACUUUGGUCUUUAACUGGCGUGGAAAAGAAAUGAAUAUCGACAUUGUGCCUGCUGUUCCAUACAAGCAUACCUAUCUUGUGGCAAAAAUGAGCUCUCACCUCGGGGAGGCUGCAUGGCGACUUUCCUUCUCCAAGAAUGAGAAAACUUUCUUUCAUGGCCUGUCACCCAACUCCUGUUACUUCAAGUGUCUAAAGAUCCUCAAAUACCUGAGAGAGAAUGAUAAGAAAAUGUGUCCAUCCUCUCAGCUGACCUCCAGCUGUCCUUCCUACUUUCUGAAGACGGCAUUUUUCCAUCAGGUGUUAAAAAUUGACAAACAUGCCUGGCAGAAUAAGGACCUGGAGGAUCGAAUGAAAGAUCUCCUCCAGUACCUGGCUAAUUGCAUGAAGCAACGACACCUCGCACAUAUCUUCAUGGGAAAUAGGGAGCUGGAAGUAAGGCGUGACUCAUGGGUGCAAGGCGUCCCUAGCGAGUUCUUUAGUUUUAAGAACACAAACCUAUUAAAAGACUUCAAUCCAGGAACCUUGGACCAAAUCAGGCUGAGAUUGGUUUACAUUCAUGAUAACCUGGGAGAAGUUCUUCAGACUCACCUAAGAGGUUAAUCCUAAAGAUCUGUGUUUGGACAAGAAGCAGCGACCAUUCCAUGUUUUACCCAUUCUGCCGAUCUGACACCUUCUUCUGCAUUGAAAAUGAAGUAACAUUGGCUACAUUUUGUUCUUUUGAAGAAUUUUACUUCUUAACACCAUAUUGUAUCUUCUAAUUGUCCUUUGUGGAUGUCACAUAAUCUAGAGGAGCAGAUCCAGAACAUCAUGGUCACUCGCUACUAUCCCCACAGGUUUAUAAUAAGAAGUGAUUGUACUACUGAAUCUGAUAAGCCACUAAUUUUCUUUUCAUUUUGCAUUACAGCUCCAUUUUUAAUUGAUAAAUAAUAUGCACAUUCUUCUAGAAGAUGAGCGACCAGUGCAGCUGGAGUUAGGAUUUGAUCCAAUCCAUUUUAUUUUCUAUUUUUCCAAUUUGCAGCUGAGGUCUGUGUUUGGGACAUGUGGAGCCCCCCUUUCAUUCUCUUUUCCAUUUGUUUCAAUCCUUUUUCCUAAAUACAGACCUAUGUGUGGUCUCUACUCCCCCUCCAUAGAGCUACCCUCAAAACUCUCUCAAUCUGUCUCAUCUAUCUUAUUUUCCCCCAUCCUCUGUGAUGUGCUUACUAUCUUUCAAAAUAUCACAAGUUGUUCUAAAAAUCCUAAUCAGCAGCACACACAAUUUAAAUGUGUUCAUAGACCAUACCCUACACACCAGAGAGGACAUCUCAUGGGAUUAAAACUAAGUUCUGGAUGUCAUCUUUCCCACUGGUAUUUAGGAGAAAAAUAUUUAAUUUGUGUGAUAUGUUAUAGGAAUAUUAAGUAAAUAGAAUGCUCAUAGAGAAAAGCAAAAAAAGCAAAUUACAAGAAUUAACUUCGCUGGGGUGAGCAAGUACUUUCCAGGAAGAAAGUAGUUUGAGGGCUAAGAGGAUGUAUGCAAAUAAACUGAUGGGAUGGCUGAUGGGAUAUAUCCAAAUACCAAAAAGCAUCCUCAAGCAUCCACGUAUAUGGUGCCAUUAUUAAUAGAUCGAUAAAAUACUGUGUAUAGGCUUGUAGAAUAUAUACCUGUAAGGCGUUGAGACCUUUUCAGUUAGUAUAUCAUUUGUGACCUGUAGGGGGCAUAACACCCCAAACACAAUUGUCUGGAUUCAAAUAAGAAUUUAUUGAUAGAACAAAUACCUCAAAAAAAGCUUAUUUUUUUGUAAAUUCAGGCAAACACAAUACAACUCCUUUUCUUCUUCUCUCUUUUCCACUCCUGGACCUUCCAGGCAAAUUUAGUUCAUCCUCAACGUCUGACUCCAAUUCUCCAAGUGAAGUGAGGUGGCCCCUUCUAUACUGGAUCUGAGAGUACUUUUGGUGCCACAACAUUGCAUGGUGGAAGAACUUCUGGGUUAGGUAGAAGCCCACCAAAGUAUUCUGGAACAUGCCCUAAAUGUCCCGGAAGCCUACACUGGCAGCACCAAGCCCAACCCCAAUCUAGUCCAGGAAUAUCUUACUAUUAACAUAUUAAUUAUUUCACCCACUAUUUAGCCUCCAUCAUACCCCUGUGCUUUUUCAACCUUGUAGCACUCUAAUAGUUUAUGAAUGGAUGGUCUUCACUACCUGGUCUUUGUCUAGAUGUUCCAUGCCAAACUAUAGUCUUGAUCUGAUGUUAUUUUUAGACAGCCAAUGCUUUUUCCAGUUACAGCUCCCCUAAAGCACCCACUGGUUGCACCCAAGUACCCCAACAUGGCUGCCCAUCAUGACUACAUCUCCCAAUAUGCCCUAUCAAUAUUAGUCCAACCAGAAGGAUGACACCGCCCUGUGUAAGGGGGAAUACAUGGCCCAGAGAAGAUAGGUAUGGGCAACCAACCCGCCUGGGAUUCCUGUCAAUCCAUAUCCUUCCAUAAGGGCCUCCUAGCUGAGCAAGGACCCUUCCAUUCCUGCCAGGAUGCCAGCCUGUGACACAUUGUAUUUCCUAGUAAUAUUUGAUAUGAAUAAUAUAACCGUUCAUAAGUUAUCAGCUGUUUAUGUUCUAGCAAAAUUGCAAGUAUUGCUUUGUUUUUUGUCAAUUUUAUGUAACUGUCACCAAGGCACUAUAAAAGAGAGAGUGUGAAAGCAAAAUCUCUCUCUGUCUUUCUCCGUCUUUUGGGUUGUUCUGUUAUGAAUCCUGCAGUGCGAUUCUUCUCAGGACUCUUCAGGUUCUCUCUCUUUCUGAAACUUACCACCUGCAACAUUCUUUCAACUCUGUAUCUGCUCAAUGAGAACUACCAGAUAUGAAGCUUGUUGUGUGACAUUGAUUUGAAUUGUUCUGGUCGUAUGUUUUCAUCCAUUUUAACUCCUGGUCUGUGAUAUGUCUGGUUUCUCUGCAAAUAAAUGAAUAUGAGUUUAGACAAAA